AUGGGUGUCUUGAGUAUUCUGUAUACCCUUGCCGCCGUUUGGGCAGGAGGGUACCUCAUUCAUUGGUUGUGGAAAGUAUUCUACAAUCUCUACUACCAUCCACUCGCUCGAUUUCCGGGUCCAAAACUUGCAGCAGUUAGCAAUGGGCCCUAUUGCUUUUGGUUCCUAAGUGGUCGUCAGCCAUAUACGCUGCUUGAUCUACAUCGCAAAUACGGCCCCGUUGUGCGUACCGCGCCGAACGAGCUCUCUUUCAACACUGCACAAUCAUGGAAGGACAUAUAUGGAUUUCGCCAUGGUCAUCAAGCGUUCCUCAAGAGUGAUUUCUACGACGGGGGCAGUUUCGCUGAUCGAGUCCACUCAAUCGUCAGCGAGCGGGAUCCCACUGAACAUGGGAUAAUGCGGCGAUACCUUUCGCAUGCCUUUUCCGAUCAUUCUCUUACCGAGCAGGAACCCCUGAUCGCCAGGACUAUCGAUGAAUUUGUCCGGCAAACGGGGGUCAAAGGGGCCAAAGGGUUUGAUCUGGGUAAGGGAUUUGAGAUGAUGACGUUUGACAUUAUCGGAGAUUUGGCCUUUGGUGAGACCUUUCGCGGUGUGGAAACUUUUGAGCCGCACCCGUGGAUUUCCAUCACUCUGGGAGCCCUGACUCAGGGCAGCUUGGUCGAAGUAUUCAAAAGAUUCCCCACCGCGGCCACAGUGAUGAAAUUUCUGUAUCCAGGUAAGAUCCGGAAACUUACCGAGCAGACCCGACAGAAUGAGCAGAUGGCGAUCGACCUCGUACAUCGACGCAUCCAACGAGCAACCAAUCGCAAGGACUUUUUGACUAGGAUCCUGGAACAACGAGAUCCGGCCCAGGUUUCGGAUUUGCAGCUCGCAGCACAUUCUUCGGAUUUUGUGCUGGCCGGCAGUGAAACCACAGCGACAACCUUGUCGUGCAUUAUGUAUUACCUGAUGCGCAAUGGGACGGUGCUCAUCCAGCUACAGGAUGAGUGCCGGACGGCGUUCGCUUCCUACGAAGAGAUCACCGCCUCGUCCACCCUCCAGCUGAAAUAUCUCCAUGCAGUCAUUCUCGAGGGAUUACGUAUAUACCCUCCACUUCCCCUGGCACUUCCCCGUAUCGUUCCUCAGGGCGGCGACACCGUCGAUGGCCAUUUUUUACUUCAAGGUACGAUUGUAUCUACAAGUCCAAUUGCUUCCAGCCUGGAUCCCACCAAUUUUGAGCAGCCUUUCACCUUCAACCCGAAACGAUGGCUGGGUAAAAAUGAGCGAGACAUCCUUGAAGCCAGUCAGCCAUUUUCUCUUGGCCCAAGGGGCUGCCUGGGUCGGCAUCUAGGAUGGAUGGAGCUGCACGGCACCGUCGCCAUUAUCACAGGAGGAUCAUCCGGAAUUGGCUAUGCCGCUGCCCAGGUCCUCGCUAGCAAAGGAGCCACCGUCCACAUCCUCGAUCGCAACAGUCCAAAAGAUGACGAUGAUGAGUCCUAUCGCCAAAACCCGCGUUUGAUAGUGCACAAAUGUGACGUCUCCAAAUGGGACGAGCUCCGUGGGGUCUUCGACUUGAUCGGGCCGGUCGAUUUCGUCUUCGCCAAUGCAGGGGUCUCCGAGUCGACGAAUUACUUCGCGGACACGUGGGAUGCGACCACGGGGUUAUUGGAGGAGCCGACAUACGACGUACUCGACGUCAACCUCCGGGCGGUUUUGAAUGUAGUCAAACUGACGUGGAGCUCCAUGAAGCGGCACCAAAUUAAGGGCAGCAUUGUCAUUACCACCAGUGCCACCGCCUAUGCACCGGAACAGUCCCUGCCUGUCUAUGCGGGGGGGAAAUUGGCCCUCGUCGGUCUCAUCCGCGCACUUCGAUCCGUGACCAUCCAAGACGGCAUCACCAUCAACGGUGUCGCCCCGGCGACUACCAUCACCAGCCUUCUCCCAGCCCACCUCGCCGCUCCGAUUCUCGCCCAAGGGUUACCGGUCAGCUCAGCCCACUUUGUGGGGUUGGCUCUCGCAUACUCGGCCACGGCCACUCAGCCCCGGCGCGUCGACGUUUAUGGCAAGGAAACGGAGGCCCAACGCUACCCAACCACCACCCCCCAAGAGAACGAGGAACGAUGGAAUGGCCGCGUAAUCCUGACCUUGGGGGACCGCUACAGCGAGCUGGAAGAACCUAUCGCGGAUCUUCGGCCGUUCUGGUUUGGCCGGGAGAAUCUAGCUCUUACUAGGUUGCAGCAGGCCGCGACUGAUUUUCGGUAA